UUAAGGGAAGCUGAAAGGGGCAAAUAUAUGAGAGGGGGGGUGAAUAAGCGCUCCACUUUUACCCUCCACUUCUCUCAACGGUCAUUCCUUUCUUCGAUCUCCAAACCCUAAAUUAUCGUAUCCGCCAUUAAAGCUCGCGCUCAAAACCUCCGAAGCAAGAAGUGCCCAGCAGAAGGAUGUCAAGCAAGACCCCGAUUUUCCCCAUGCCCGAAUCCCAGCAUUUCUGCGAUUACGGCUUCGAUCCUCAGAUCGACUACUUCCAGGUUCUCGAAGAAGCGAGGAAACACAAACGAGAAACGUCGGCGAGAUCCUCCAUUGAUGCUCUUCACUUCAAGCUCCAGAAGCCCAUUUCCAAGGACGACCCGACCCGAUCCGUUCUCCACAAGAAGAAGAACAAACACCGGUGGUGGAAUAGCGCUUUCAUCUUCCUCAAGUGGAAACACAGGUGGUGGAAGGACGCCGCCGUUCUAGGCGAGGACGAUCGCGGCGUUCAUCGAGCGAGGGCGAGGGCGAGGGCGUUAAGGGCCGCCGGUUCGGUGUCGGGUCCGGUUUACGUGACGGAGAGCCGGUCCGGUUCUAGCACGCCGUACCGGUCUACGACGAGCAGGCCGUCGUCGGGCCCUCUCGCCGGAACUACGACGCCAGCGAGGAAGGGUGACGUGGCGAUCCCGUAUGUGAGUCUACGGGAGCUUAAUAUGGAAGAGCAACAGAGGAUGCCUACCUCUUCUGCUAAGCCCAUUUACUUGGUCACGUAAAAAAGUUAAAUAUUUAAGUUAUUAAUUAAUAACCCAAAGAUAAAUUCGCGACCUCUAUAUUUAGUUAUUUCCUCCUCUUUUUCGUGUUCUCUCUCUCUUUUUUUUUUGGGAAAUAUUCGAGCAGAAAGCUUAUGCUCUUUAAUGUUUUGUUCUGUGAAAGCUGCAAAAGUUCUACUUGUUAAAUAAUUUGUUAAAUAUUUUAUUUUUU